GUUUGUACCUGCAGCAGACGUUAAGCUCUGAUCACUUUACUGACCAUCUUUAUUAACAACAUGAAGACGAUCUCUUUGCUCUUUAUCAUCUCUUCAUUCAUCAACUGCGCUGUGACCGAGUCAGUGAUGGUGAAUAUGGGAUUUUCCCUCACUCUUCACACUAAUAUUAUAAUACAGAGUAAUGAUGUGAUCGAGUGGAGGUUUGGAUUUAAAAAUAAACUCAUAGCUAAACUGGACAGAGGUUCAAUCUCAUUGUUUAACGGCUCUGCUGGGACAUUUAGUGACAGACUGAAGAUAAACAAUCACACUGGAGAUCUCACCGUCAUAGAGGUCACAGUUCAACUCAUUGGACUUUAUCAUCUACAGAUCCCUGGAGAGAAAAGUACAAGAAAGACAUUCAAUAUUGGUUGUCAAAGUGGUUUUGGAGGUGAAGUGACGUCAUUGGCAGUGAUGGAGGGACAUUCUGUCAGACUGAGCAUUGGUGCACCUGACAGAGAAAACUAUGAUGUGAUUCGCUGGAAGUUUCAGGAAUCUCCUCUACUUGAACUCAACAGAAAGACUAAAAUCACAUCAACACAUGAUGAUGUUCAUGACGAGAGAUUCAGAGACAGACUGAAGCUGGAUAAUUGGUCUAGAGAUAUCACCAUCUCAAACAUCACGACUGAUCUUUCUGGACUUUAUGAAGUAAAUAUCGACAGCAAUAGCGGAACACACACCAUGCACCAGUCAUACACAGUUACUGUCCAAUGUGAAGUGAAGUCAGUGUCAGUGAUGGAGGGGGAUUAUGUCACUCUACAAGCCGAUGAUCAAAUGCAGAAUGAUGAUCUUAUCGAGUGGUGGUUUGGACAUCAAGAGACUCUUUUAGGCAGACUCGACAACGUGGGCCGUGCAGACCGAUUAUAUGAUGGCGUUUGGGAUGUGAGAUUUAGCGACAGACUUGGCCUGUCUGUUCGGGACGGAUCAUUCAUAUUCCGAAACAUCACAACUGCUCACGCUGGACUUUACGAAGUAACGAUCAGCAGCAAAAGACGAUCCAUUCAGAGGACGUUCAUUGUGUCUGUCAGCGCUCGUGAUGUGUCUUCAGGUGUUCGAGCACAGCAGCAGGAAUAUCAUCAUCUAUAAACACGCAUUACGAUGCGAGAAAGUGCAACAAAUGCAACAUGGUGGAAUAAGUCCCAUUUUCUAAAUGAAAUAAGUGGCUUCUCUUGUACUGAAGACAAAGCAAAUGUAAUAUAAAAAUGAUCUGAAAAUAUAUGUUGUUUUGAUUUAAUUGCUGUUUUGUACCCACAAUUAACGUUACGAGAGAAGUAGAUUAUCACAUGGACAUGGACGCGUUACUCAGCCUGUUUAUUUUCACUGGUUUUGACUUAAAAAUGAAAAUUCUGUAAUCAUUUGCCCUCUUGACAUUUCAAACCUGUAUGGAUUUAUUUCUUCUGCAGAACACAAAGGGGAUAUUUUUAAAACAGUUGAUCCCCAUCGACUUGCAUUAGUUUUGCCUCCAUGCAAUAGAAGACAAAGGGGACCAAUGGUUUUCUUUUACCACCAUUUUUCCAAAUAUCUUCUUUUGUCUUCUGCAGAAGAAAGUCAUACAGGUUUGAAAUGACUAUGAGGGUGAAUAAAUGAUGACAGAAUUUUCAUUGUGGGGUGAAAGUCUGUGAACUCUGACUUUAAACUUUGCUUACUGCUCGUGUGCUUUGCCAGACAGACUGUUUGCUAAACUUCAUCGACUGUUCCCGGAUUUGAGUUUGAAAUGGUAAAGUCAGCAAAACUUAUUGAUUUUACCGUGUAAAGCAUUAAAGUAAACUGUGAUAUAGGUCAGGGGAGGAUUCACACACAGUCCAAGUAAAAACAUCACAUUCCAGUCGUGUUUCAGAUCAAUCUGAGUGUUUUCAGACAUUUGAAAGCUUUUCAGUGAACCGAUGAAGAAAAUGUUUCUCAAAUUAGUUUUGCUCUGUUUGUGUUUGUGGCGUCUGGAUGGUGAGAGUUUUUGUCACUUAGGUUACUUGUGUUUAGGUUAAGUUAGUCCGAGUUAACAUUCAAUGUUAUUUUCUAUAUUAUAGAAAUAACCAAAUCACCUGUUUUUAUUUGUUUAUACUGUUCAUUUACUAUGCUCUUUACUCAAUGCAAUGCUAUGGUUAUUAAGUCAAGUCAACUUUAUUUAUAUAGCGCUUUUUACAAUUUUCAUUGUUACAAAGCAGCUGUACAUGAAACCUAUUGGCUACAAGCAAAAGAUAUAAAAAAAACUAGUGAGGCACAGAAUUCGUUAACAUUACUUACAUGAGGUAUAAAAUACCAACGUAAUAUUAAAUGAUUAACAAUAAUUCAUUUAUUACCACAACUUGUUUGGAGCGGUUGUUCUUAGUAAAUUAAUAUUCGUUUGUUAAAAAUAUACUUGAAACAUGAAAAUGUACAUUUCACUGCAGCAAAUGUUAAUGAAUUUUUUUAACAUAAGACUGGCACCUUUUUCAUACCUAAAAGCAAGAAUUUUCCUUCCAGAAGUUCAAAUAGGGUCGACGCCUUCAAGUUACAGCCUAUAGCCUAAAUAAAUUCGCACGGAUGCUUUUUUUGUUUGUUUUAAAACGCGCUGUGAUUCCUUACCUUACUUGAAAUAAAUAGGCUUAUCUUAUUAAUUGAUGCAAAUCCAAAGCUAAACAAGACAAACACUGACCGUGUACGACAAAGAAAACAAUAUUUAUACACGGAUAUGACCAGCAGAAUAUCUUCCUCCCCAGCUGGCACUCGACCGACCUUCAACGUUGACAUUUGGUUGAAAUUAUGUACGUUGAUGGUUCAUCGUUUAUCUAAACAAUUAAUGCUAAAGGAUUGUAAACACAGCUACAGCGCAACAUAAAUACUAACAGUCAAGAGUCAAGAGCCCAACUCAAGGAAACACUUAACACCAUGAAGGUGCGUUUCAACUAAAUUACUUUCAACAAAACAAAAAGGGUUAAGUACUUUGUAUUUGAAAUACAUGCCCACCCCUGAUAGUAUUCGUAUAUGUUGAUCCAAUUGCAAACUGGAAAAUAAUGUAUAUAUCUGUAGUUGAUUUAAGGUUUAAAGUAAGACGUUAAAACAAUAACGUGUCUUUAGCCAAGUCGUAACAGUUGAUUAUCUGUUUUUGUUCAUGUGUAAUUUGUUUAAUGUUUAUUAAAUUACUUUUAAGAGGUUAACGCAUUAUUUUAUGUUUGCUAAUCCGGGGGACCGACACAGUCUCUAUUUUAUGAUGUUUGGGAGAAGGGAUGUUGUGCAUUUUGUGUAUUCUGCGACGUGAGACGUCAAGCAAACAGUUGGUUAUGCCAUUCUGUCUGCUAUUAGACUCUUAGUGAAGCUUCACCAAGCCACCAUCAAGUGGAUGUAAAGGUUUAAUCUGUGAAAAACAGUUCUUCUGUUUUUCAGGUGUAUCUGGUGAUGAAGAUGGGGAAACAGAGAACGAGGG